AUGGGCUGCGGCUGCUGGAAGCUGCCCGCUUGGCUGGGGACAAUGCUGUUGCUGCACGUGGCUGUGGCCGAGGAUCCGGUGAGCACGGCUGGGAGGAGAUGUGACACCAUCUACAAGGGCUUUGCCGAAUGCCUCAUCAGCCUGGGGGACAGCAUGGCCCAGAGUGUCCAGAAGCAGCAGGAGGACAGUGGGCAGGACGGGCAGGAGCUGGACACCAUCUGCAGGUCCUGGGACGACUUUCACACCUGCGCCAACAGGGUCUUGUCCCGCUGCCCCGAUGAAGCUGCUGCCAUCUGGGAGUCGCUGCGCCAGGAGUCCAGGAAGAUCCAGUUCCAAGGGAACCUGCACGACCUGUGCAGCGCACGGGCCAGGCCGCCCGGCAGCGUGCGGGGCUCGGCCGCGGACGAGACUAACAAGGAGACCCUGCGGGGCUCAUCCUGGCUCCCCCGGCCGAGCCUGCUGGCCGCCCUGCCGCUCCUGGUGCUCACAUCACUCCUGGUGCCCUUCGUCUAG